AUGGAAGAAGAAGAACUCUGCUUUCCAAAACUCCUCAACUCUUCCUGCAAAAAGCUAAAGCAUUCUCACUCUGAAACUUUGCUCAUUUCCUUUCUAUUGUGCUUCAUUUCUCUCAUCACUGUAACCCUGAAUCUGCUGGUUAUCAUAUCCAUCUCUCAUUUCAGGCAGCUCCACAAUCCCACCAACUUCAUUCUUCUGUCUCUGGCUGCCUCAGAKGUCUGUGUGGGGCUUCUUCUUUUGUUUCAGAUGAUGACCGCGGAUGGCUGCUGGUAUUUUGGGGACUUUGUGUGUAUUCUUUAUUAUGUUUUGGACAUAAUUAUCAGCUCUAUGUCAGUAGGAAACAUGGUGCUCAUAUCAGUUGACCGCUAUGUAGCUAUUUGUGAUCCUCUCCAUUAUCGCACCAAAAUCACCYAGAAACGAGUCCAGGUGUGCGUUUCCCUGUUCUGGAUCAGUUGUCUGCUCUAUGCCAUCGUGUUGUUGAGGAACAAUUUGAAGCCAGGCAGAUUUAACUCCUGCUCAGGGGAGUGUGUGAUUCUUGUUGGUUUAAAUGAACAGAUUGUGGAUCUUAUUUUUAUCCUCAUCAUCCCUGUCGCUGUCAUCGUGGUUCUGUACGUGAGAGUGUUUGUGGUGGUUGUGACUCAGGUUCAGGCCAUGAGGUCUCCUGCUCCAGCUGCCACACACCAGCGAUCUGACAGAGUCAUGAUUCACAAAUCAGAGAUAAAAGCAGCUGUGACUCUAGGCGUCGUUGUGGUUGUGUUUCUGGUGUGCCUGUGCCCAUAUUACUGUGUUGUACUUAUUAAUCGCGAUGCUAUCCUCAAUACUGUAUCCACUGCCUUUGUCUUGUGUCUGUUUUAUUUUAAUUCCUGCCUUAACCCUCUGAUUUAUGCAUUUUUCUAUUCCUGGCUCAGAAAAGCUAUUAGAGCUAUUGUUACGCUUCAGAUCUUACAGUCUGGAUCGUCUGAUGCCAGCCUGCUGUGA